GUGACUUCUGCCGCAUGUAAAGAGGAGGCGGCUGUUUACAAAUAUUCCGCAUUUCUGGUUUUGCGUUAAGAUUGCUAAGUCUGCAUUGAUAAAAAGGCGGAGGAUGGAAAUUAAAAACGCUCGGCCGUAUUUCUUCGGAGACAUAGGUUGCUGGUCUGAGAGAACAGAGGUUCACAAUGCAGCCUCCCUUGGCCAGGCCUCUCAGCUGCGGGACCUCAUUCAAAGUGGUGCUUCGGUUAAUGUUGUGGCCGUGGACUCCAUCACACCACUGCAUGAGGCGUGUCUCCACGGGCAGGCCCAGUGCGUCCAGCUGCUGCUGGAUGCUGGAGCUCAGGUCAAUGCGAGGAAUGUCGAUGGCAGUACCCCGCUGUGUGAUGCUUGUUCAGCUGGUAGCCUGGAGUGUGUGAAGCUCUUGCUGGAGCAUGGUGCCAAGGCCAACCCUGCUCUGACUUCACGCACAGCCUCACCUCUCCAUGAGGCUUGCAUGGGAGGUAACUCGGACUGUGUGAAGCUCCUAAUUGCCAUGGGUGCUUGUCUGGAGUCGUACGAUCUUUACUACGGGACACCGCUGCAUGUGGCUUGUGUUAACAAACACAUAGACUGUGUUAAAGUGCUACUUAAUGCAGGUGCUAAAGUGAAUGCUGCAAGGCUGCAUGAAACUCCAUUGCACCAUGCUGCAAAAAACAUGCAAGUAGAGAUGAUAGAGACACUGGUGGAGUUUGGGGCCAACAUCUAUGCCAGAGACUCACACAACAGGAAACCUGUGGACCACACCACACAAGGAUCUCCCUCUGCAGCCUGCCUACAGUUUUAUGAGACCACUCCCAUGAGUCUGCAGCAGCUGAGCAGGUUAGCAAUGAGGAAUGAGCUGGGCACCAGAGCUCUGACGGUCAUAGGUCAACUGGACAUACCAAAACACAUUGUUAGCUACCUCUGUUAUCACUGACUGCUACGAGGAGGAGGAGUUGGAUCACUGCUCAAAGAAAGAAUUCACAGACUGCUGUGCCAGUCGCAGGCAAAUGCAGCAAUAAUAGGGUAACAGAAGACACACACUGUAGAGACAAGCACAGUGUUCUCUUUGGACUUUUACAGAGAGAGGCCACAUCACGUUUCCAUCCAUUUUCACCAGCAUGCAGUGUUCUUUUUCCUGCCCUGAAUACUAGAAGUCAAAAACUCUUGGGUAUCUUCAGACAAUAAACAUCAGAAUCUCUGUUUUUAAAACCCAUUUAGAUAUGGAGCCUUGCUGCAGCUAAUAACAUGACAACUCACAGUUGCUAGUAGUCAUGAUUUGACACUAAAUAAAGUUUAACAAAAUGAUGAUAGACCAGCCCUCAAUGUAAUCUGAGACGUGGAUAAUGAGCAGGCUGAGAUAAUUACAUUCAGUGGAAACUAGUUUAGCUUACAUUAAGGAUGUACAAUGACAAAGAAGUUCGUAUGAGCGAUGCCUUCUCAAAGGUUUGGGAACCACUGCAGCAAUGGCCUGAUAAAGAUUUGGGGCAUUGGCGAAUGAAAAUUAAUUUAAGUGGUUUUAUCCCUUGUAGUGUGUCAUAGUAGAGUGCAGCUGAUGCAUCUGGGGUGCCUAAUCUAAUCUGUUUAUUAAUAGUUAUUGUUUUAGUUUGCAUCCAGACAUACUUGUUGGACACUGACACUUAAGGUGACGUGUUGACAAGAAAAAUGUGAGAGGGAAGUGUCUCCUCAGUAGCAGCUUAUAUUAGAAAGGCCUGCACUCAGCACUGCUCCCUUUGGUUCCAUUUACUGUAAACUCACAGUCACUGGCUCAGGUUGGUAAACAUCAGCUCAAUGUGUGACAGUUAUUGGUUUAGCUAGUUUAGUUGUUGGCCACCAAUAUAAAAUCUUCACUAUAAACUGCAACUACAGGAGUUUUAAAAUAGCAUUUAAUAAUGUUUGCCACUUUGAUAAACAUAAGCAGAAUGGAUGCCACAAGACAAGAAUAUGCUUCUAAUAUUAGAGUGGGCUGUAGAGGAGUAUUUAUUUUAGCUCAGGGAGAGGAAGAGGAGAGUUGUCCUUUUAUGUCAGGGUUGCUGAAAUAGUCCUGGAGUUGCUGGGAAAAUGCAAGAGGGUAACUACAUUUGCUGGUGUACCAUUAAUGCUGAGUAGCAAUAUGAAAUAAGACAUUUGACAUUU